AUGGAGCGCACACGCACCAGCAGUGCCGUGAGUAGUGGCAUUCCUCCUGCUGCAUCGGUGGCCACGGACGCCACGCAUUUCGCCAAUAAACCUCGAACACUGACGACCGUGUUGGCGGGAGGGACUGCCGGUCUCUGUGUCGAUCUUGCCGUCUAUCCCCUGGACACCAUUAAAACACGACUGCAGAAUUUUUCCCACUCUAUCAGACAUUCUGGCCAACUGCGUCUUUUUGCGGGCCUGCCUGUGGUUCUGUGCGGUUCUGCUCCAAGUGCCGCCCUCUUCUUCUACACCUAUGAGACUGUUAAGGCGAAAUCGAAAGAGCAUGGACACCCGGUAUGGCUGACGCUGGGACUCUGCGCAGGUAUCUCUGAAAUGGUAGCUUGCAUUAUUCGUGUACCAUACGAGACAAUAAAGCAACGUGCUCAGAGCCAGCCUCAUGUCGGCGUCAGGACCGUCCUUUCGGAAACGAUCCGGGUAGAUGGCUGGGCUGUUCUCUACCGCGGCUACUUGAGCACCAUUCUUCGCGGUCUCCCCUUCUCCCUGAUCCAGUACCCUGUUUGGGAAAUGUUGAAGCGAUCCCUCAGGGAGUACAACUGCCGCGUGUCCCCCUCAUCAGAAUCGUCGGGGGAACUCUCGAAAAAGCAAUUUGCGCUCUGCGGAGCCCUCGCUGGAGCGACGGCUGGCGCGUGUACCACACCCUUUGACGUCGCCAAGACACGCAUUAUGCUGGCUCAGGUGUGUUUAUGUUUGUAA